AUGUCCGUCGCCGCGCAGGCGGCCGACCGCCAGCUGGUGGGCCUCAUCGUCGACGAGGACAGCGCCACGGGCCUGCUGCUCGCCGGCGUCGGCGAGGUGUCGCCCGACGGCAGCAAGAACUUCUUCAUCGUCGGCAGCGGCACGCCCGUCGCCGAGAUCGAGGAGCACUUCACCACGCUCACGCAGACACGCAAGGACAUCGGCAUCCUCCUCAUCAACCAGCACCUCGCCGAGAAGAUCCGCCCCAUCGUCGACAAGUACGCGCAGGCGUUUCCCGCGCUCCUCGAGAUUCCGAGCAAGGACCACCCGUACGAUCCGUCCAAGGACAGCGUGCUGAAGCGUGUGCAGAAGCUCUUCGGCGAAUAA